CGAACGUAAAGCUUUGUCAACGUCAAUGUACAUUCCGCCGGUAAUGCUGCGAAAAUCGAUCUCACCACGCGCGUACAGUGUCGCACUCGGACGAAGUUCACGUAAUAGAGCGAGGUGUACACGAUGCAACGAGACAGUCAGUUCCGAGAUCGAGUAUAAUAAAAAUCGGCUGCGAUUCGGGAAACGGAGAAGUGACACUCGGGAAAACCAAGGUUGGAUCGACCGAUCGCCUGCACACUAGCCGCGAAACGCAACGAAACGAACGCGAGGCAGCAGUGAUCGUGGUCAAACGAGAAUAACGAGAUAUCGGUAAUCUCUUGUGUCUGCUCCGCUUCGGGCUUUCGUUCCUCCUCGUUGUCGAACGAUCCUCCUCCAGUUUAUUCGCGAACUACGAUAAACAUAGCAGUGGAAAAGGACGUGUGUGACAUUACGAAGACUUUUCAGUACGCGACAUUCGAUGUUCACCAUCCUGGAUGGCAUCUGUUCAUGACUAUUCAUAGUGAAAGCGAUCCGUAAAACGGGAAGACGAGAUUCGUGUGCGAAAUAUAUGGGAUUCUGCGGUGAAAUAUGGACAAUAGGACGAACUGCUUCUUUCGUUCGACUUUGGUUAUAUUUUUAAUGAAAACACGAGUUUUUGAGACCGAAUGCGAUUAUCGAUAUACAUCUGUUCUAUAUUCUGAACUGUCGUUAACAAAGAGGGGCAAACGUGAAACGAAUCGGUUCGAGAUGGCAUUGCAGUAACUUGCCAGUACUUAAUCGAAGCAAGAAGUGAUAGAAACAUCGAGCCGGCCUACCAGACUACGUGUCGGAUCAUUGAGCAGUGAAUAAAGAGGCGGUGACUAAACUAUUCUGGGACAUGGAAUAAUCAGCAUACGAUCGCGACAAGUUCAUUUUACUACACGUAUUGCACGAUAUCGGUUAGAUUCGUGACAGUUCAUGCACGUAACUCGUUCAUAUGUGGGAAAAUAGUUGGAACCAAACGCGAUGAAUUCUGGUGACAAGAAGAAGAAAGGGCUCGAUGGCGGUUGGGGAUGGCUCGUUUGCCUUGGCAGUAGUCUCAUCACGCUUUCUUUAAGAUCUUUGGAUCCCUCGUUUGGACUCCUUUUCCACGACCUCUUUAUAGAACUUGAGAUUGACUCUACAGGAGCGUCAUUCAUAAUGAGCAUUCUUGAUGCUAUUGUUAACUUCUCAGGUCUCUUAAUAGGACCGUUAUUGAAAAAGUAUUCUUAUCGACAAGUGGCUUUCUUUGGAUCUCUUUUAAGCUGUACUGGACUGAUAUUGACGUCGAGGGCUAAUAGCAUGUUUUAUAUUGUUUGCACUUAUAGUGUGUUAGGAGGCUUAGGAACUGGACUGGCCAUCGCAUCAGCGUUCGUGGCGUUGAAUACAUUUUUUCAGAAAAAAAGAGGACAAGCUGUUGGUUUUUCUAUGGCUGGAACAACUUUGGCCAUGAUGAUAGUACCUCAGUUAAUUCAUCUUCUUUUGAAUUCAUAUGGAUUUCGUGGAGCGAUGUUAAUGGUUGGAGGGUGGGCGUUGCAUUCCACUAUUGGCGCUUGUUUAUUACGUCCAUUUGAACCUGAAAUUAAAAGUACAAAUGCCGAUACAAAGCAUAGAAAUAAUUCAACUAGAAGUGACAUAUUAUUACAAGUAGAAAACAAUGGAAUGGUGAAGGAGAUUAAAUGUGAUACAAGUGACUCCGAGAAUAAUAUGCUGGAAUAUAAUAAAACGGAGGAGAUAAAAAAGAAAUCUCAAAAUGAAUACCUUAGGAAGAUAAAGGAAACCUUUGAUUUAGACUUACUUAAAGAUGGCAUCUAUCUAAACAUAGUUAUUGGCUUGAGUUUAUAUUAUGUUGCUGAAUCGAACUUCAAACUAAUGACACCAUUUUUUUUAACUAGCAUACGAAUGAGCAAAGCGGAAGUUGCCUCUUGUUUGUCGAUAUCUGCAUUCACCGACAUUCUUGCCCGUCUUUUACUACCAACCAUUUUCGAUAGAUUGGGAUUCAAGAACAGAACCGUCUUCUGGGUUUUCUGUAUUCUAGUUGGAAUUGGACGAUCUAUUAUGGCAGCGCAAUCUAAAGGAAUACUUUUGAUAAUAACAUUCGUGAUAAUAGGGUUUUUACGUGGCGCCACUUUGGUAAAUUUAAACCUUACCGUUUCCGAAUAUUGUCCUUUAAACAAGCUGCCAAAUGCCUUUGGGAUGUUUAUGGUAUUUAAAGGUUUAUUCGUUGUAAUGCUGAGUCCUUUAAUUGGAUACAUCAGAGAUGUCAGCGAAAGUUAUGCACUUUGUAUACAUGUUAUGACACUAAUGAUAAGCAUUACGUUCAUUACAUGGAGUAUCGAGUGUAUGUAUAGGACAUUUAAAAACAGGAAAUCUGUUUUAGCUAAACAAGCACAAGACAUCGUGAUAGAAUAAUUAUCAUAUAUUUAGCAUUUUCACAAGAACAGAUAGAACAUAAUUUUAAUGAAAUUCAGACAAAACUUUAUCUAAAUAGGUAAUGGAUAUUUAUUAUGGUUUGACUGGCAAAUGAACACUGCUUCAUCAAAAUAUUCUAUUAUUUAUCUAUUUGAAUAGAAUAAUAUUUUGUCGAGCAAUGAAUAUUCCAUUAAUGACGCAUUAUUUAUUAUGAAAAUUUAUAUUAAUAUGUUAAUUAACUCUUAAAAAAUAUUUCACAAUACUGUAUGCAGCGUAUAACUGUUUGCAACAUCAGCAAGCAUGAAUAUUGUAUUCAAUAAUUCCGUCUCUUAUAUUUUUUUUACUUUUAGCAGUUUAGAUUGUAAGCCUUGAGAUACUUUUGUGAGUAAUUUUACAAAAGUAAACAUUAAGUACUAGAUAAUGUUGUAGUGGAGAUAGAUGAAUUUUUCGUUUACGUUACAUAAUCACUAAUAUACAUCAGAUAGUUUCGAUCUAACGCAAUAUUAUUUGUUUAAUAAGAAGAUCGUUCUAAGUUCUUUUUGUUACAUCUUGAGCUAGAGUCAGUAAAAAACAAAAUUUUUAAAAUGAGUUUACGGUACAAGUGGUAUUUAAUGAAGGGAAAGAGAAAUUAAUUUUAUGGAAUUCAAUAAUAAGAAUUAAUAAUUUGCAAGAGUAAAAAUGUUGUGAUUUGUAAAAAACGAAAAAUUGUCGUCCAGUAUCAAAUAAUUAUUUAAUCAGUAGAUUUUUCGGUCUAAAUGAUUAAUAAUAUUAAAAGAAAACGUUUAUAUGUUAGAAUCCACUUUUUUAUUCAAAUAUUAUUUUUACAUAUAUCAAAAGUAAAAUAAUUGAUAUUUUUUUGGUCUGUGCAUUCGACGUGUGCCCAGUCUUCACAUUCGUGAUUUUUUGGAACAUUGAAACCCUCAGCGGCCUGUUUCUGGAUCAUUUUAUUUUUGAUGCUUCAAAGCAUCAUUCUGUUCUCCUUUGUAUAUCUUCCUUUUCUCUACUUUGAAAUAUCAGGCAUUUUUCUGCGGGAGAACGUACAAGAAAAAUUAAAUGAAUACAACAACAAUGAAACAAAUUGAACUUACAGAUAGAUAAAAUUUGGACCGUAUUGGUCUAUUGCUGAUUCGUUGAUACAGGGUGACAAACACGUGGAAACGUUUUAGAUCAUAAUGUAUAUUUAUACAUUACAUAGAAUUGUUAUAUUCAUUUGUUUAUUCAAAUAAAAGUGCUAAUAUCUGAUAAAAAAGAUCAGUACUAAUUUUGAUCGCAGUAUGCCGGUCGAUACUGCACGACUCUCCUCUACAGAUUAGUUGAAGAAGGUUUGUGUCUUUUAGGAAGCUGUCGGUAUUGCAACUUCUACACGUGUAUCCAUUGUUAUAUAACAUGCAAGCUAGUUUAUCUUUGUGAUAUUUUAAAUGUUGAUAUCCUUAAAUUUAGUUCCGCUAUAUUAUACAGGAUACUCCACUUAGUAUGGUCAGCUGAAAAUUAUGUUGUUGUUAAAUUUAUCUACAUUAGUAAAAUUUUGAAACUGAUCUAACUAUUUAUAUAUUUUUUGAACCUCAACAUUAUAUAGUAAUGGGUAUAUAAUAGUAUAAUAUUAAUAGGUAUAUUUCAGGUGAUCAUGUUAAGUGAAGUAGGCUAUUUAUUAAUUUUUGUCAUAUGUUUUAUAUGAAAUUUUCAAAUAUAAUGUAUAAUUUAUGUUACUUACAAUAUGACAAUCGAAUUUAAAUUUUUAAAUUUUAUUUAAUUCGUUUAUUGGAAUCUUAUUAAAAAAAUAUGUGUAUAUGUAUAUUACUAACUAUUUAUAUAUUAGUAAAUACCAAAACACGUGUAAAUAUUGUAACUUAUCAUAGUGAAUUUAAAAAUUAGAUAUUUCUUUAUUCGUAAUAGCCAAACACGUUGAAAGGAGGUGCGAUGACAGUCGAAAACUGAUGCGAUCUUUGUAUUUACAAUUAAUUUCAAAUUAAAUAUAUUAAAGUAUAACGAACACAAUUAAUAAUGUUUAUAUAAAUGCUAUGAUGUUAAUCAUAGAUUUCAUGUUAUUAUUCUCAUAAUGAGAUGUACCUGACAUUUUGUAUAUCGUAGGAAUCUUUCAUGUACAUAGUUUUGGAGCACCUUUGAUGAGAAUUUAAAGUAAAAGAAUUAAGAAAAAUUGUCGCAAUCUGUUGUAAUAUUAUGACGAAAAUUACCUGUUAGUCGAAUUAUUGUAUCUAUACAUAUCUUCCUACCUCUUUAGACAAAAACAGUAUGUUGAAUUGAAAUUGUUAUUGUAGUAAAAAUUAUACAAACUUUCUAAUAAAGAAAAUAAAUAUAAAACACG